UCAGCCAUGUUCCUCAUAAACCUAUAGCUUCUUAAAAGCACUUUCACUGAACCAGCAAUUCCUAUAUCAAAAAAAAUCUCCUUUUCUUUUAUUUUUUUCCCUCGCAUCUUUUCUGAUCUUUUUAAUUUUUUUCUUCUUCAUUAAUCCUCAAAACAACUACACUUUCCUUCUGGUUUCUUUUGAUUCUCUACCAAUCCCUACAUAGAAAGCACCCAUCUUUAUUCUUUCGUCUUUAUUCUUAUUUCCUCUUAUAAUAUAUACUUGAAAUUGAGUUUCAGUUGGUUACAAGAUAUGGGGUUAUCAGGGAAGCCACAAGUCGAUGGCGGGCUAGAAGCGGAAGGCAAAAGAUGGCUUAUUGCUGGAAUUCCUUUACGGGCUCCUCUGAAGCCGAUAUACACGAGGUCCGGGGAGAAAGAACUGGAUAAUAAUGGUGAUGAUGAAGAGUGUUCGACGACUCCUACAAGUCACGAAGCGAGAAUUCCGCCGAAGUUGCCGUGUCCACCUGCUCCUAGGAAGAGAAAGUCUACUUUAAAGUGUAAUUAUAGUGGUGUUAGGGAGUUCUUCACUCCUCCAGAUUUAGAAACUGUUUUUAAAUGCCAUGUUGAAAGGGCUAAUUGAACGUCCUGGGAGGCUUUAAUCUGACUUCUAUAUAUGACUUUGCAUGCUUCUUCUUUCCUGCGUACUCCAACUAGUGUUUUUCUCCUUUGUUUUAGGCCUUUUGCAGUGGCUAGCUAGGUGUUUAUGUACAGGGUUAAUUUACAGAUAAAUAAAAUGGCAUUUUAGCUGCCUUAUUAUGA